CUGCUGGGAUUUGGGCGAAGAGACGGAUUAGGAUGAAGGCUAUCGCGAUGCGUCUGUUCAAACGUCAGACCUCUGAUACCAGCCCACAGCUAGUUUCGGCUACUCCGUUAUCUCAGGAUGGAACCGCGCCUCUGACAGUGGUGGAGGAGAACUUCGAUCGUGGCAGCAAGAAGUCGCAUAACGAAAACGAUGGGUCAGGUAGAACGACCAUAAAGGAGAGCGCUAGCGAGCCACAGAAACCAUCUUCGUCGCAAUCUUGCGUUUCAAACAGAAAAGGAAUUUCGACAUGGGGCAGGAAAGUGGGUCGAAGAUGGGAUCAGCUGAAGAGAUCGGACAGCUCCGAAUUGCUUUCGGUUUCGGGCCGAAGGAGACGGUGGAGUCCGAAUCGGAAAGGCGGCGCAACCGAGGAAAAAGAAAACGGUGCCAGCGGUUCGCCAGAAUUACCAAAGCCAAAGAGAAUUUCAAGGGUGGAAUCAUUACGAAACUUGUUCAGAAGCAGCGAGAGAAGCAGCAGUUUUCUAACCAGCGAAGUGUCAGCCAGAAACGUGACGAUACAAGAGGAAGACGUCACCUGCAUCAGUCAUUAUCCCAUGGAGAAGGCUCUGAGCGAGGGUGCCAUAAAGAACGUGUCCUUCUGUGGCAGCUCCGAUGACAGUCAAGUGGAUCGUGGAACUCUUCUUCACGAGAAGAAGAAACAGCUCAGCCGUAGCAUCCAGGACCUCCAGGAGCAGCAACGGGUCUUAGACUAUAUCCUGAAGAACCAGGAUAUACUUAAGACGCAAGAAGGAACUGCUUUCGCGAGGGAAACUUUGGACAAAGCCAGGAGGAGCACGAGUCCAAAAAGACGAGCCAGUCAGUCUACGUCGGAUGGUAACAAGAGCAGCGUUUCCACGCAGACCAGAGACUUCUUCAGUAAUCACCUUAGCAAUAUUAAGAAGAAUCUCUUCAAUGUUCGCACGAGUGGCAACGAGUGUGACAGAGCCGACAAUCAGAGACCUUGCCCAACGACAGGCCUGGAGGACUUGAUGAGCAAUUUGCGACUAGGUUGCGACGAGAGUGGCUACGACUCCGACAGCACGCGAGCUGGAGCUGAUUCCCCUGACAGUGGAAAAUCCGUACCACCUAUGCUGAAACCUCGUAGCUUUUCCAUAACGUCGGACGAUUACCAUGGCAUCGAUCUCUCGCUACCAGUCAGCACACCUAUAAAGAAAGACGUGACAACUGAAACAGAGGAGAACGAAUCAGGUUCUUCUCGUCUCGAUGACACUGUCAUCGUGAACAAAAGCUUAUUAAACGUAUCAGUCAUGACAGAGACAACUGCCAUAGGCUCUGACGGCGAAGACACGGACAGCUGUGACGAGGACACUUUCGAAGGAUUCACGGAUUAUCAGCUGAGCUGUGCGACUGAGCAGGCUAAAUCCACCAUGAAUACGCUAAAAAAAUGCGAGAGCGGGUCGUCGAAAGCGUCCUCUACGUCCUCGAGCAGAAACUUCGACGAUCAGAGAACAUCUUCCACCUUUGGGACCAAUGAACUCUCGAGGAUACCUGAGAAGAGGUCGUUCACCAAGUCAGACCAAACAGUACCGCUCUCGCAAGCCGUGAAGGUGCAGAAUCUGCAGAAAGGGACCACCAAGUCGCAAAUACCUCUGAAAUCACGAAAGCACACCAACUCAAGCGCGUUGAGUCUAUUAGAUAACGCAGCAUCCCCGUGUAACGAUAGUCCACCAGCAUCGAAAAUCUACGCCGCGAUUAUCAACAGCCCUCUCCAAUACUACAGUCCAAAGAGAUCCCGGUCGAACAUGGAACCGGAGGGUUUUGAGGUUGUAAAUUCGAGGAACAAAGUGAAGAAAUCGGACCCGACAUCUAAAAUCGAUCAUCCAUCCUCGAUUACCGCGACACCAGCGAAGACCCUGGUCCGUCGUGAGUUAAAGACAAUGAAGUUAUCUAUAGACAAACCCGGAAGCCUUGGGAUUUCCGUGGAAAGGAGAGAAGCUGUCAGGCCUUUCUACGUGAUCUCGAAGAUGGACGUACAUGGAGAGGCGGCGAAAUCGAAGCAGUUUCGAAUAGGCGACGAGAUCGUUCGGGUCUGCGGUCGUAGGCUACGUGGUAUGUCGAUCACCGAGGCUAGAAACGCGUUAAAAAAUUGUUCAGGCACCGUGGAACUGCAGAUAGCUAGGGAACCGACGUUCACUUUCGGGGAGGAGCUAGGCGACACGUGGGGCGACAUUCUGGUCCGCACUCGAAGCGACUCCGAGGUGUGGACUCUGAAACAAGAGAAGGCAGAUGUCCCCGCUUCCGUGGAUGGCGUGAUACGAGAGGAAAGCUCUUCCCAGUGUAAGAUAGUCGGUGCUCUGAUGAAGGACGGCAAGAACUUAUCCGCGAGUUCAAUGGAACGCAUGGAAUGCGAAAAUGAUGCCACUCUGAAGAAGGAAUCUGGUCAGAAAAUGACUGGCAUGAGGAAGUUCCACGUAGUGCGCAAACGAGCGACCAAUCCGGUUUCCUGUCCACGUAGGGCGACCAGUUUAUCGAUGGAUCUGCUUACUAUUACCCUGGAGAAGGGUACCUCGAAGAAGUUGGGUUUUUCCAUAGUCGGUGGAUCUGAUAGCAAUAAGGGAUCCAUGGGUAUUUUUGUAAAGGACAUCAUGGCUGGUGGUCAGGCGGCUGAAGAGGGGACUUUGAAAGUCGGAGACGAGAUUCUGGCCAUUAAUGGGAUAUCGAUGGAUGGACUGACACAUGCGAAAGCACUACAGAGCUUCAAGGCUGCCAAGGCUGGGAAAAUGGUUCUUCACGUGGGUCGCAGAGACCCAACGCACAAACGAUAUAUCAUACAGUCAAAGUCGUACGAUUGCCUGGACAAGUUAACCGAAACUGGAGACGAAUGA